CGGGCAUGGUGAAUGGUACUCAGAAAAACAAAUUGAAAAGGAUAACUUCUUCGUUUUGGUUGGAUACUAUUUGAUAGAUUUCAAGAAUGAGGCUUACCGCAAUGCUUUCGAAGAUCGCGAAAUAUUCUACAGAUUAUUCUAAUCUUCCUGAAUCCUAUAUUAAACGAGCGAUGAGACAAGUUUACUGGGAAGCACCAAAAGAUUUACCACAGUACCUACCUGUAACUUUGGAAAAGAAAAAAUUUAGGUACACUAUGAAUCGCCCAUGGACAGAAGAGUUUCGGAGACAAAAUCUUAGCCGAAGGAAAAAAGUUUUUGUAGAGCCACUUAAAGAAUGGACAUUUUUUAGAGGGGAUAGAGUAGAAGUCUUGGUUGGAAAAGAUAAAGGAAAGAUAGGAUUGGUGAGCCAAAUCAUUGAGGAAAGGAAUUGGGUUGUUGUUGAAGGCUUAAAUGUGCAUUACAGGUGGAUCGGAAAGACUGAUGAUUACCCGGGUACAGUAAUUCAGUCGGAAGCACCUCUGUUGGUCACAAAUGAGGUUGCAUUGGUUGAUCCUACUGAUGAGAAAGGGACUAAAGUAGAAUGGCGGUACACAGAGCAAGGAGAGAAAGUACGAGUUUCCAAAAGAACAGGUCAUAUAAUACCAGUGCCGAUAUCAGCUUCGGAAACUAUUGACUUCAAAACAAAGGCUGGAUAUCCAGAACAAGAAAAGGACACACGGGCUGCAGACAUAUCUGAACAUACCUACAUCCCGCAAAGCAAAACAUUUGAAAUGGACUUAAUGGAGCAUUACAGACUGGAAUGAAGUCAACUGCUUUUGUCAGUCUAGCGAAAUAGUUUGAAUAUAAAGGAAACAAAGCUUUCGUGUC